AUGCCAAUCCGGUGUCCUGCACACAAGCCCUGUGUCAUGUACGUCAACCGGCACGACAUGAUUUCACUGACACUCCUGGGAAUUUGUGACAAUUGUGACCGUUUUCUGGACAUGUCAACAGGCUUUCCAAGCAAGAUCCAUGAUGGGAGAGUCCUCACAUUGCCCAAUGCACCAAAAUGUCUGCCUUCUUUGUGCGAUGGUGGCAGGAACCACACUCUUGGUGACGCUGCUUAUCCUUGCCGGGAAUACCUUAUAACUCCAUAUAAGGACUAUGGAAACCCGACAGAAGUGCAGUCGACAUUUAACACGAAGCUGAGUGCCACACGAGUGCUCAUUGAGAAGACCUUUGGCAUUCUAAAGCAAACAUUUCGGCAGCUAAAGGAUGUAGAAUUUUUUUCCACGGAGAGGAUGUGUCAGUUGAUCAUGUCAUGCUGCGUUGUACACAAUUUGUACAUCGAUGCUGAGGACCUCAUGGAGGAGAGUCUCCAGGAGAGCCAAGAAGACCUGGAACCUGGAGAUGGCGACAUGGGGGAGGAACAAACUGCAGUGCACACCCUCGGCGAGUUGACGCAUCAGUGGCUUGUCAACAUGGAAGCACAAUAA